CUCUCUCUCUCUCUCUCUGUCUUUUUUUUCUGGGUUUUCUGUCUGUACUGUCUCCACUGUGUCAUUUUGAAGUCAGCGCUGCGUGUAGAGACCACACCGGCACUUUCUUUCAUCACAGAGCAGAGAGACAACCAGACAGGGGGGGCUUCAGUGGGGGGAAAAAAAAAGAAAAAGAAAAGGAGAGAGCUACCUUAAUAAGCACAUGGGCAGAACACUUAGUACCCUGCUGGAUCUCAGAUAAGAAGGCUUGAAUUCAGAAGACGCGUUUUUUUUUCCCUUUUAAAGAAAACAUAAAUAAAAACAUCACCGACCGAGUGAAUUUCCUGCUGAAUCGAAGCGGAAAAAGCAGUUUAUAUAAACAAGGACCUGAAGACAAUUGUUCUCGUGGAAUGACCAUAUAGAGCAGAAAAUGACCACAGAUCCGUUUUUACCGAUGGACGACCAUUCAGCAGCUGUGUUUACUGCAAAGGGCAUAGAUGUGACGCCAAAUAAAGACCAAGGAGUUAUUAAGGUCGUGAAGCAUCAGGGACUCGAUGGGGACCGUCCAAUGAUUGGGGACAGGGUCACCGUACACUACACUGGAAAACUGCUYACAGGGAAGACAUUUGACUGCAGUCGAGAACGCAAAGAGCCUUUUUGCUUCAACGUGGGCAAAGGACAAGUCCUGAAGGCGUGGGACAUCGGCGUGCUGUCCAUGCGGAGAGGUGAGGUGUCCACGCUGCUCUGUAAGCCAGAAUACGCUUAUGGCGCUGCUGGAAAUCCCGACAGAAUUCCUCCCAACUCAUCAGUGGUGUUUGAGAUGGAGCUGAUUAACUUCGAAGAAGAGAUACUUACAGAUGACGGUGGCAUCACGCGGAGAAUAAAGGUCAAAGGGGACGGUUACAGUAAUCCCAACGAUGGAGCGAGUGUCGAUGUACACCUGGAGGGACGCUGUGGGGACCGACUGUUCGACUGCCGGGACGUGAGCUUUGUCGUCGGUCAAGGUGAAGACAAAGGCAUUCCUCUGGGGGUGGACCGAGCCAUGGACAAGAUGCAGCGAGGAGAGUGCUGUUUACUUUACUUAAAACCAAAGUACGGUUUUGGGAGCGAAGGUAAUCUAGAUUACAAAGUUGGACCAGAUAAAGACGUUGUAUAUGAAGUUACACUCAAAGAUUUUAAAAGGGCUAAAGAAUCCUGGGAAAUGGACUUGAAGGAAAAGCUGGAAAUGGCCGCCGGAGUGAAAAGUAAAGGGAACGAGUAUUUUAAGGCCGGACGGUACCAGCAGGCGGUCAUCCAGUAUCAGCGCAUCAUUUCCUGGCUGGAGCUGGAGUGCGGUUCUGGGAUGGAGCAGUAUAAGCUGAUACAGGACUACGUUAUGACAGCCCACCUUAACUUAGCGCUGUGUUUCCUUCGGCUAAAGGAGUUCUCACAAGUUGUUGACAACUGUAACAAAGUGAUUGAACAGGACGACAGCAAUGAGAAGGCUCUGUAUCGGCGCGGGGGGGCCCGGCUCCUCCGCAACGAGUACAGCCUGGCCAUGGCAGACUUUCAGAAAGUGCUGGAAGUCAACCCGUCCAACCGAGCGGCUCGGGUUCAGAUCGCCAGCUGCCAGCGGAAGAUGAAGGAACACCAGGAGCAGGAGAAGAAGAUCUAUGCAGACAUGUUCAAGAAGUUCGCAGAGCGAGACUCCAAGGGAGGAAAGUCAAAGAGGAGGAGCAGCCUGAACGGUGAACUGGUCAGCAAACGGCGGCGGCGGAGUCAGGAGUGUCCGUCAUAACAGGAGCGCAGAGGCAGAAACAAGACGGGAAUAAAGCCUCAAAUCCAAACCUUUUCAUCCCAAAUCCAGUGGACCAUGUGUGUGUGUGUGUGUGUGUGUGUGUAUGUGUGUGUGUGUGUGUGUGGUUGUGUGUGUGUGUGUGUGUGAGCAGAGACAGCAAUUCUCUGCCACAUACACAGCUGAACAAGGAGAACAAUCCUCCACGGGAGGUGUCAGAACUACAGAAUCACUGCGUGAAGACUGGUGAACACUUGCCCCAAGCUUUUAUUGGAGAAAAUUAGUUUCACUUCUUUAAAACAACAACAAAAACCACACCGACGAAUCCCCUUCCCUUUCAUUUAUUUGGCUCCUGUGUUGACAUGUGCCUCCACACUUUAUUUCCAAAACCACGCUUGCUCGUUUUCUGACCUCUAAUCUGGUAUUAAGCCUUUUUCAGGGCAGCUGCGUGCGUCACGUUGGGGAUUCAGACUUGAAACUGCGAAAUUUAUUAUUAUUAUUUUUUAAAAUAUGUGCAAUAUGAAUUUCUUUUUUAAUUAAAAUGUGUAACCUGUUAGCUCAGUGGUGUUUUGUAUAAAAAGAAAAACACAAUAGUUACAUGUUUGUUUGUUUGUUUUUGCCCAGAACUCAGCCUUGGCUCGUGGUGAAUGGUUGGUGUGUCGGCAGAUAUGGGAACUUUAAAAGUAAACUGAGAACUCCCACUAGUCUUAUAAAACAGAUGCUUAAUAUCAUCAGACAAAUGAAGUCUAAAAAAAGCACAAAUUAAAAGUAAAAAAGAAAAAAACAAAUCUGCAAAGUUAAAACUGUGGAAAAUUAAACAAGUGAUUGUCAUUUUUGGUUGUAUCUGUAGAGAUUUGAAAAAUAGUUAGCAAAAGUGACUUCCAAAAAAAAAAGAAGAAAGAAAUCAUUACAUUACAAACAGAGCACUUUGUUUUCCUGAGAAUUAUUUGGCAUUGACUGUGCACUAAAAUCACCAUACACGUUCAUGCUGAAAUCUUCUCUUUUUCCUCUAUUUGAACCCAUCUAACAGUAUUACAGGAGAGCCAGUCCUGGUUAUUGUAGCUGAUCAAAUGAAAAAAAAAAGUGACAAACAUCUGUGUGUGUGAUAACAGAUGAACUCUGCGUAAGGAUUACAUUUCAGUCGGUUGGCAGCUGCAGAAAMCAUGAAACAGUCGAAAUCAAAGCAUACACGAGCGCUGGGAUGUAUUAGGCUGAUUGUGCAGCAGGUCAGAGUGGAGCAGUGAUCAGUGCUGUUUGCUCGCAGCAGCAGACAGGUUCUGGGUUGGGGACGUUUUGUCUUUGGAGUUUGGGACAAACUUAAAGACUUUAUGUUAAAUUGGUGAAUAUGUUUUAGGUUUUAGGGAGGGUGGUAAAAAUUGUUAAUGCACCCCGAUCUGUUGGUUUCUGUCUACUGGGAUGGCCUGCACCCCCCCUCCCCCCUCCCCACAGACCUGAGUCUAUAGUCUAAAAGACAUAUUGAUUCUAGUUGCUUAAUGGAUGAAUGUUUACGCUUCGGAGCUUUAAUGGAUUUUAGGGAUUGACGACUGAAACAUUAACCUUCUAAAAAGAAUGCGGCUAAAAYGGGUUCAGAUCUUUCGAAGUGGGCUUCUAUGGAAACAAUUACUAUCUUACCUGUUGUAGAUAUCUCUUUGAGAAACUUUAGUCUGCAGUUAAUUCUCACUGGAUCCAUGAACCAAGUGAUGCCAAGACCAAAGUGGACUGCUGAGGUCAGAAAACAAGCCAAUUUCCCUCAUGUGAACACUGUUUUAUAAACCUUUGCAUUGUCGCUCAUUUCACAUUGCACUGUUAUUUACGAAGAAGUCUGUGCUUAUUUGCGUGAGCAAAUAGUGGCUCAUUUAAGACAACAGGACCACUUUGGUCUUAGUCUUAGUUCGUCAGUCUGAUAAGAAUUAAAUUCUGUUUUUCAAAACUGAAUCUUUAAGAACUAUCUGCAACAGGUAAGAUAUUCUUAGGCAUCCCCCCUGAAUCUGUUGCCUCUACAACUCAAGUUUUCAGUAAAUUUAUAUCAGACUUUCCAUAGAACCCCACUUUAAAAGAUCUCAACUGUCACUUAAAAGCUCUUAAAAUCAUAACUGAUCGGGUGAACAAAUACAGCAUUAUUUCUAAUAAUCAGCGGCUUAUAAUGGUGUUAAAAACACCAGAAAAUGGCUUUACAUUUUGUUUUUGACAGGGGUGCACGUGGGAAAGGGACAUAAAAACUGCAGUUGUGCUUUAAAGUCAUGACAGAUAUUAUGAUUUUUUUUUUCAGCUGUGGCAUUGUGAUUAAAUCAUGCCCCUGUCCUAAACCAGAUGUAUCUUUACUUCUCACCCAGCCCAGUUUGUUCCUUUUAUAAAAAAAAAAUGUGUAUGUGUUUGGAGAAAAGAAAAGACAAAAUUGCACUUUGGUGACUGUAAAAUCAACACUGUCAUCUUUACAUGUAAUGUCCAGACUUUGUCUGGACAAUAAAUUUAAAAAUAUGUAUUUUUUUAAACAUUGGCUGGUUCAAAAUGAAAACCUUAGCUGUCUUAACUAUUUUGUGUUUAAAAAAAAAAAGAAAAGAAAGAAAUUGCAGUGACAACAUUGUGUUUGUGUGUUAGUAUAUAUUGUUGUAUGUUGGUGAGUUUUUUUUAAACGGCUUGUUGCUAAAUGUUUUCAAGUGCUGCUGCCUCUGAAUAUUCAAAUAUUUUGUAUAGUGGAACUGAGCAUGAAGUACUUUUUCUAGCCAUUUUAAAAUGUAUUCAACAAUUUCCAGACUGUCUUACCCAGCAGUCACCUGUGACAAAAAGUAAAAAUAGAUCUUUUUA